UAUCGAUUUCUUAAACCGGAAAGGUAAUGUAAAUAUUUUGAUAAUCUAACUUCGUAAAAUUAUACCUUGUUUGAAACUGAACAGAGUGUUUCAUAUCAUACUUCUAUUUGAACAAGAAGGAGCCAUGUUCGCGUAUUCAUGGACGCGGAUUUAGAACCGAGUCUAGCAAUGGAUUGUAAAUAAAGUAUGGGAAUUGUUCAUGGGGACCUCGGCUUCCGUCAUUGAAGAUUUUUCAGAGAGACCAGCAUGGACGAAAGUCGUUCAGUUUAACGCCAAUUUUUAUAACGACAAGAUUCUAGACACUACCAGGGGCUUUCGUCAAAUUAAUAACAACUCAGUGGAGCUUACACUAAGCACGAAGGGCACAGUGGAAUGUGUCCGAUGGAGCCGCGGAUUCAACACCGGAAAGCACGUGAUCGAGUUCAUAUUCCCCGUUCGACUACGCGGCCGACACGCCCGUGUUGGACUUGGACCGGAUUCUGUGAUACAAGGUGCUUCGAAUGACCGGAAGUGGCAAGGAACCAAAGGAACGUACACGAUUGAUCUCACGACCGGAAAAGCGUACCAGGACCAAACUGUUGUAGGAAGAUUACCUGGAACAAGCGUCAUGCCAGAUUGGUUUUUCAUGUUUGUGGAUAUGGAUAAUGGUACAGUACAGUUUGGUUCAGAUCAUCUCUACUUCGGAACAGCAUUUACGAACGUGAAUGUAACGAAUGAAUCGUUGUAUCCAAUAGCGACCGCCUCGGUGACAGGGGCAAUUAUCGGCAUCAUCUAUCGAGGUCAAGGUAAAGAAGUGAAUGGUCCUUUAAGAAAGAAGAGGUCGAUCAUCCCAGAAAAACUGCAUGACGUUGUUGUGAAAUCGUGAUCGUUUACUUUUUUAUGAUUAUUAUUAUUACAAUUAUAUAUUCACCCGUUUAUGUUUUGAAGACUGUCAGCAUCGGAAGGAAACAUUACCGCGAUAUACACAUUUAAGAAAAUGGAGAAUCGAACAGUUUCGAAAAAGUGGUUAAAAGGCUUACGCCCGAACCAAUCUACCAUUUUUGUGGUUACGUGAGACAAUCGAGGUGUUACAAAUUCAUACAUUAACACAAAACAAUUAGCGGGUCCAACCUAUGGACAUUCCUGGACUCGAACGAUUUUACUGAUCUUAAUAAAAUUAUUAAGAAAAAUAGGAACCUAGAACCUUUUAACGAUUAUUGUUAACAUUAACACAUUACAAUAAUGUAUUAUUAUUGUAUUUAAAAUUGUGUGUGUCUAUACGAAUGUAUAUGCGCAUAUUUAAUAAUUUGUUUUAACAGCCCUCGUGUGGCCUGUAAGUAAGUUAUGUAAUGCAUAAAUUACCUUUUAUUUAUAAUUUAUUUUAUUCAAAAUGUUUAUUUAUUAUGUCACAUUAUGUCUUCUAACAAGAACACUUGUUAUACCUUGUUAAAUAUUAUUACGUCUGAGUCACGACACAUCCUGGUUUAUCUCAUGUGCAACAGACGUCUAACAAUAUACACCGAUAUUCUACCCCGUCGUUUGGUAUUUUACAAAUACGCGAAUCUGUAACGGGUAUAUAUAGGAUACCCAAAAUAAAGUUCACACGCACAACGCAUAUCGUAACGUAUUAAAGAAACUUGUUCCAGUUUGGGAAAAUUAUUAUUUUUUAAAUGUCUUUGGGUCGAAAAUGAAUUAAUGUAUACAUUAUUUCUAAACCAGCGAAGUAACGCACUGAUUAAUAAAAAUGUUAAAAUUAUUGGUACAGUAAUGAACAAUCAUCAUUUUAAAUUGGUAAAUUAAUAAAGCGUUUGUCAAACUUUUUUCCUCGAUAAUACGGAAAAUAACGUGCAUUUGGAUUAAAGCGGUUAUACUAUGUUCACUCUACUUAAAGCAUGCGCAUUGGUAGCGCAUUUAUUGUGGGCAUUUUCUCCCACGGGUCUCGCUUUCAAAACUGGAAAGGCUGUUUUAGUAUGACUGUUUUUCUUCCAAGUGUUAUUUAUUACGACUACUUAAAACAUUGUACUUUUAAGUAGACUUAUGUAUUUAAAAAUAUCAAUAAUACGAAUAUCAGUGAUCAAGUCGCUGUAAAUUUCAUUAGUCAGGAAUUCAAUGUAAAAUGUUGUUGUCAGCGCGUGAACGGGGCGUGAAAGAGAAUUCGCGCAUCGCUUGCUAGGACUUGAAUGGUUUGAAUGCAUUGUGCGGUUCUACCCGAUACUUAUGUAUAUGUUUACUAUAUAUUUGUCAUAGUGUAACAUUUACAGUUACAGUGUUUUUAGCGCCCCACGUUGGGCGCCAAAUGUCAUGGGUUUUUUUCUUCUUGUUGUAUAGGUUCUGUAUGUGGGCAAUCAAGGAUAACUGUAACACAUGGAGAUAACUUUAUUCAUCAACUUCAUAAAGUGUUAUAUAUAUAUAUAUAUAUAUAUAUUUAUUUAUAUAUAAAAUCUAUACGUUUCAUAUUGUUAUUUAUAAUCCAUAGCAACUAUUCAUACAUUUAUACAUGAUUACUGGUAAUAAACAAAUUAAAGCUUGUUGUAAUAUGGUAAUAUAACAACAUAUCUAAUAAACAUUUCUGAAAGAUAUGAUAACUAAUUAUAAAAAGUAAAACUAACCUGUAACACAUGGAGAUCACUUUAUUCAUCAACUUCAUAAACUGUUAUGAAGGAUAGUGGUCAUGGUAUGUUCACUCAUGCGUUACAGGCUGAUCACAAUGGGAUUAGUACUGGGGAAUGAUGAUUUGUUAAAUUGAUCUUAAGCCUUGAUCGACCGACUAUAAAAACACUGUAACUGUAAAUGUUACACUAUGACACAUAUAUCAUCAACAUCAUUAAAACAUAAUACAUAGCAAAUAAAAGAUCUUGUGUUAAAAGGAAGAUUAAUAUAUACAUUUGCGUUUGAUGUAACGCUUUUAUGUAAAUACACCUGCAGCUGUAAAUGUGUUUCGAUAUAGGAAGGAUAUUGUAUAAGUGCACAUAUUUCAAUUCUCACAUUGUUGCUUAAUAUGAAGUUAAUGUGAAACGAAAAUCUCUGCAUGUUCUGUAUUUAUAAUGGUAUUUUGGAUGUAGUAGUUGUAUACUUUAUUUAGAUAUGUAUACAUCUGACAAAAGCUGUACAUGUACACAGCUAAGUUGUUUGUUUACGCAAGUCGGACAUUUAAAUUAAUAUUUUUUUGUAAUGGUAAAAUCGUUAUUGUGUGAAAGUGUAAAAUUAAGAUAUACACAGAAGUCUACCGUUAUGAGUUUUAAUUCAUUUAUUAUACACAUGAUGGCAUAAUGUUUAGUCGAUUUUUUUUAAAAGCUGUCUUUUUACAAAAACAGUUUUUAUACCUGGUUUAUUAUUAUAACGCCUUUGUCAACCCACACAGUAUUGUUCAUAUACAUGGGCUUUGACAAUUUACACCAAUAUUCUACCUGUCGUUUUGUAUUUUACAAAUACGUUGCACCGUAUUUUGAUAAUGGGUUUAUAUAGGCUACCCAAAAUAAAGUUCAAUCCCACAAUGCAUAGCGGCAACUUCACCUUAGCCAGUAGUUUAAUAUUUAAUUUUGGCGUGUUCAUAAGGCGUGCUAGAGAAUUUCCACAUCGCUUGUUAAGAUAACUCCUAUCUUAAAUUACAUCUUUUGUAGUUAACCUUUUGAAUGAUUUGAAAUUUUGAAUGCAUGUAAAAACUGUUUCCCCACAAAUAUGUAUGCGAUAUAUUUAACGUUUUAAUGAUGUCUACAUGUACCAUCUUGCAUUUUUCAUACUAAACACAACUAUCAACAAUAUGACACUAUCUGCCAGAUAACUAAGUGUUAAGAUAAUGAUAAUAUUUAUCAACUGACCAAAGUGAAGAAUAUGAUCUUAUGUGUCAUGUGAAUAAGAGUGAAACAUAUCAUCUAAUAUAUCACAUGGCUAAGUGUGAAGAAUAUGAUCGUAUGUGUCACAUGACUCGGUGUGAAGAAUAUGAUCGUAUGCGUCACAUGACUUAGUGUGAAGAAUAUGAUCGUAUGUGUCACAUGACUCAGUGUGAAGAAUAUGAUCCCCUGUUACAUAUGACUUAGUGUGAAGAAUAUGAUCGUAUGUGUCACAUGACUAGGUUUGAAGAAUAUGAUCGUAUGCGUCACAUGACUAAGUGUGAAGAAUAUGAUCGUAUGCGUCACACGACUAAGUGCGAAGAAUAUGAUCGUAUUUGUCACACGACUAAGUGUGGAGAUUAUGAUCGUAUGCGUCACAUGACUAAGUGUGAAGAAUAUUAUCCCAUGUUUCAUAUGACUAGUGUGAAGAAUAUGAUCGUAUGUGUCACAUGACUAGGUGUGGAGAUUAUGAUCGUAUGCGUCACAUGACUAAGUGUGAAGAAUAAGAUCGUAUGCGUCUCAUGACUAAGUGUUAUAAUAUGAUCCCAUGCGUCACACGACUAAGUGUGGAGAAUAUGAUCGUAUGCGUCACAUGACUAAGUGUGAAGAAUGUGAUCGUAUGUGUUACAUGACUAAGUGUGAUAAUAUGAUCCCAUGUGUCACAUGACUAAGUGUGAAGAAUAUGAUCGUAUGCGUCACAUGACUAAGUGUGAAGAAUAUGAUCGUAUGCGUCACCUGACUAAGUGUGAAGAAUAUGAUCGUAUGCGUCACACGACUAAGUGUGAGAAUAUGAUCCCAUGCGUCACACGACUAAGUGUGGAGAAUAUGAUCUUAUGCGACACAUGACUAAGUGUGAAGAAUACGAUCGUAUGCAUCACAUGACUAAGUGUGAUAAUAUGAUCCCAUGUGUCACAUGACUAAGUGUGAAGAAGAUGAUCGUAUGCGACACAUGACUAGGUGCGAAGAAUAUGAUCGUAUGCGUCACAUGACUAAGUGUGAAGAAUAUGAUCGUAUGCGUCACAUGACUAAGUGUGAAGAAUAUGAUCGUAUGCGUCACACGACUAAGUGUGAUAAUAUGAUCCCAUGUGUCACAUGACUAGGUGCGAAGAAUAUGAUCGUAUGCGUCACAUGACUAAGUGUG